AUGGCAGUGCAAGCGCAAUGGUCAGGUGACGCGGACGCGCGGGAGGAAGAGUGGCAGCCGUGGUCGGCCGAGCCGCUCGAAGGAGGUGGCUUCAGGCACCCGCGAGAGCCGCCCUGGAGGCUCCCGCACGAGGAGGAUGCUGUAGCAAAUGUUGCGCCCCUGCCAGCUGCCCCGGCGCCGGAAUUGCCGGCCUGGAACCCAGCAAGCGGUGGCCACAUCUCGCCGCGCCAGCCUGCGGAGCCCGCGGACCCGCAGCUGCCUCCCAACUUGAAUGGCAGGCGGGUCUUCCAAGGCUCUAUGGAGCCGGAGCCUCCAAGAAAAAGGCGCCUUCUACCAAUGUGCCCUGUCCCUCAAGCGAACAUCGCUCCGGUGGAUGAUGGACCAGCUGGUUUCAUGGAUUCGAUGGAGCUCAGACAUCCAGGCGACGUGCGCGACUUCGCGCCGGAGCUUGCUGUGGAAGAGCCUGAGCCGGGGCCCCAGGAGGCCUUCGACCACGAAAACUUCGAAGUCGGAGACCAGCAGCAGGAGACGGGCUUCACGGUGUUGCUGAGCGAGCUCUGUGACAUGCAACUAGUCGACUAUGCUGGGUGGCCAAGCUUCUUUCAGGACAUGACGUCCAGCGUCGAGGAGGAAUGCCGCAAGUUCGGUGAAAUCCGGAACUGCUUCCCGGACUGCGGCGGGGUGCACGCGCAGGUCUGGGUCUGCUUUGCCACGGAGGAUGCAGCCGAGGAGUGCUGCAAGAAUAUGAAUGGCGCGACGUUCGCCGGCACCCAGAUCAAGGUGGAGCAUGUGGACUUCGACGGCAAUCACGAGAGCACCUGGAGC